AUGAUGAGCAGGACACAGACAUCCGACAAGGCAGUCCACGGCCUAUUCGUCUCGAAUUCGCGCAAGAAGUGAAGGGAGACUGCUUAUUGCAACGACGAGAUGUUGUGCAUACUUGGGUUUUUGGGACGGAUAUGGAGUCGGGUAUACAUCAUUGCAUUGCAUAGGAAGGGGUACACCAAAGGUAUGCAGGGACAUAAUGGGAUGGAAGCAUCAUGGCAAGGAGUUUUCAAUUUCCAAAAACGAGAAAAAAACAGCUCGUUCAGGACACCAAAAAGGAAAGGAGGCCGGGGAUAUCAGAACCAGCCGUUUGUAUUGUAUUAUUCUAGCAGCAUUGCUUUUCUUCACGAUAGACAUAGACCACAAAAUCCACACCAUCAACAACUCAUCACUAACUCAUCACUUUUGUCCAUACGAAAACCCUAUUCAUCCCUUGCAACGAUCUCCAACCCCCUCUCAUUCGAUCAGUCCCACGAACCCACUCGCUCGGCAGCAUCUCCGACGAUCCCUGAGCGUCAGCCCAACCGUCAUCAAGCUGGUCCAGCCGCAAGCCUUGCCAUCAGAAGGGUCGUGCGCGCAGUAGUUCUGCACACCGAGCCUCUCGUUCAGCCCUAGACGCGGAGUGUUAUAAGAAAAGAGAAUAAUGCGAACUUUAAUUUUCGUAAUGGCGGCGGGCAACUUGUUCUUGUGCCUGUUUUUGAUCUCAUAUUUUAAUUUAUUUUUCGCUUCUGGUGCAUUUUGGAUCUUGUUCUUUAAUUUAUUUUUUGGUCUUAGAUGCCUAUUGUAUCAGAGAAGGAUAAGCAUUGGUGUAUCGAUGUGUCCCCAGGGUUUGGGAUGAGAACCAGAACGAGCAAUGUCGGCCGAGAACCAUGGGUACCAACUUCGCAUUAUAGCAAUCAUUUGCUAUAUUCUCGCUUUCGUGGGGGUGGCGUUACGGUUUUAUGUUAGGAAGUGUGUAGUUGGCAGGUUAGAGAUUGAGGAUUGGUUGAUGGGUGUUGGUCUUGUGAGUCCCUU